AGCGUCUGUAUAUUCUUAUAUUUUUAGUAUAUGCGACAGCUGGCGACACGUUGACUGCUUUUAUGUAAAUGUGUGUAAAAUGUAGCAUUGCAGUUUUAAUACAAUGAAUAUGUAGGUUGCAAAUGUACGAUAAUUAUUGACGUUCAACACGAUAACGGAUGCAUGCCAUUAAGCCGGCUUUGGAUUAACUCAAUUUCUUUUUUCCGACGAAAGGUAGUGAACAUUUCAUUUAUUUAUUUAUCGGAAUUGUUGGCUGAAAAUGGGACACGAGAGUUAAAGUUCCACUUUAGCUCGAAUUACGCGGCGGAUAUAUAAUUCGAGAAAGAUGAGGAUCGUACAGUUUAGAAGAAACCGCUUGUUCCACAUAUUGAUGGGUAGCAUCCUGGUGCUACUAGUUUUAUAUAUUCUCCUUAGCUUUUCUUCAGACAAUCAUAUGAACAAUAUAAAGGAAUACUGGGUGCAAAGUCUUGGAAAAAAACAGGUACCGGUAUUUGUAGAAGGUUUAGGAAAUUAUGAACUACGCGAUGUACCAGUUCGGUCUGGUCCUGGAGAAGGUGGUAAACCACAUAUUUUAAGAGAUGAUCAGCUAAAUGAUGUCCAGCAAUCAGAGUCCGAUUAUGGUAUGAAUAUGGUAUGUUCUGACGAGAUUUCAUUGUCAAGAUCGAUACCAGAUACAAGACCUGCAGAAUGUAAGCAUUGGAAUUAUCCAGAAGAAUUACCACGCACUAGUGUCAUUAUAGUUUUCCACAACGAAGGUUGGUCUGUUUUGCUGCGAACUAUCCAAAGUGUCAUAGAUCGCACUCCAUCAAAAAUACUCGAAGAGAUUCUUCUUGUCGAUGAUUUUUCUGAUAAAGAGAAUUUAAAAAGUGAUUUAGAUUCCCAUAUUGAACAAUGGGAAGGUAAAGUUAGAUUACUUAGAAACUAUGAAAGGCAAGGUUUAAUACGCACACGAUCUCGAGGGGCGCGCGAGGCCAAAGGGGAAGUAAUAGUAUUUUUGGAUGCUCAUUGCGAAGUCAAUGUAAAUUGGCUACCUCCACUUUUAGCACCAAUUGCUGAAAAUAGAAAUGUCAUGACUGUUCCUGUGAUAGAUGGCAUUGAUCACAAGACCUUUGAAUAUCGUCCUGUAUAUCAAGAAGGACAUUUAUAUAGAGGAAUUUUCGAAUGGGGCAUGCUAUAUAAAGAAAAUGAAUUACCCAGAAGGGAAGCCAAAACGCGUGCACAUGAUAGUAUGCCGUACAGAUCACCUACGCAUGCUGGUGGUUUAUUUGCAAUAAAUCGACAAUACUUUUUAUCUUUGGGUGGAUAUGACGAGGGAUUGCUCGUUUGGGGAGGAGAAAAUUUUGAGCUAUCCUUUAAAAUAUGGCAAUGCGGCGGAAGCAUUUUGUGGGUACCUUGCUCACACGUCGGGCACGUUUAUCGAGGAUUUAUGCCUUAUACAUUUGGUAAACUUGCUCAGAAGAAAAAAGGACCAUUGAUAACUAUUAAUUAUAAACGCGUUAUAGAAACGUGGUUCGACGAGAAACACAAAGAAUUCUUUUAUACCAGAGAACCUUUAGCCCGACUGCUUGAUCAUGGUGAUAUAUCUGAGCAAUUGGCUUUCAAGGAACGCAAGAAAUGUAAGAACUUUCAGUGGUACAUGGAUAAUGUGGCAUAUGAUGUACUAGAUAAAUUUCCAGAAUUGCCACCAAAUAUUCAGUGGGGAGAGUUACGAAAUGUGGCAACUGGAUCAUGUUUAGAUACUAUGGGUCAUGCACCACCAAGUCUUAUGGCCACUUCUCACUGUCAUGGAUUUGGAAAUAAUCAACUUGUCAGACUGAAUGCUAAAGGUCAAUUAGGUAUCGGUGAGAGAUGCAUUGAAGCCGAUGGCCAGGGUGUGAAAUAUGCAUUUUGUCGCUUAGGAACUGCAGACGGCCCAUGGCAAUAUGAUGAGAAAACAAAGACUUUAUUACAUAGAGUACAUAAGAAAUGUAUGGCACUUCAUCCCCAAACUCAGCAAUUAUCUCUGAUGCCGUGUGACAUAAACAACACUUAUCAGCAAUGGAGUUUUCAUCAAGUCCAUCCACGAUGGUAGUAUGGAACAGAGACCAAAACUAUUAUCAAAAUUUGUAAAUUAUUUGACGUUAUGCGUAUUUAAAUUUUUUCAAGAAAAUGCAUUUACCUAGUAAUAUGUAAUGCAGAAUAGUAGAACAUUUAUUUGAGAUUUAUUACGCGCGUUAGUGAGAGAUUUAAAUAAAUAACUACAAAGUAAAAUAGUAACAUAUAUAUUCGUCAAAUAUCCAAGAAUAAUCUCGGAUUUUACAUCUGGUAAAAUAAGAGUCUGGAAGUAAGCGUUUAUAUUACGAAGUGCAAAAAGAGUAAAUUUCAAAAUUGAUUUACAACUCUUCUAGACGCGUCUAUAUUUAAAUAUUCAUUAAACGGUGUUUGGAUAUAUAAUUUUUUUAAGCAAACUAUAUCCGAUUAAAGGAUAUUGCUUUUUCUUUACACUGACUGAUAAAUCGUAAUGAGAAAUUAGUAUUUAAUAGCAUUUUGAUAAAUGACCUUAUUGCUACUGCCAAAAUUUCUUCCUGUAAUAUUUCUGAUGGAGUAACUUGCUCGAGUAAGAUGUAUUAAUUUGUUAGAAUUUUAAUUAAAACCAUUUUUUAAUCUUGAAUGCUUGGGGAAAAUUUGUUAAUUCUCAUAUGUUGUUCGAGAGAUAAAGGUUUAAUAUUAUAACAGAGAUUUAUACUUUUAAAUAAAAUUGUAAUUUAUAUAUAUAUAUAUAUAGAUAGAUAGAUACUACAUCUGUGCGUAAGCUUAUGCGAGAAUGUGUAAAAAAGAUAUGUACAUUCCAGAAAGUUGAAAUAGCUAUUACAUAUUUAUAAGACAUUUUUAUUUUUAUACCAGUGAUUCAAAUUCUUCAUUAUUAUUGUAGAACAUUUUACACGUUAUCAAAGUAAUAAUGUAAAAAUGAUAAUAAGAACUAAUAAGUCUACAAAACAUUGAAAUAAUAAUAUAAUAAAACAUUUUGUCUUAUUUUGUAACAAUAAACAAUCUUUUAUUUAAAUUUUUUAAAAUAAAAACUAGGGAAGUUUAUUCUUUGUUACUUUUUUAUAAAAUUGCUCUUGUAUAAAAUUUUAUACUUGUUAACAUCUUUAGAUUUAUACUUCGCUAUUUGAAAUAAUUUAUUUUUUAUUUAUACUAAUAUCAGAUAAAGAAAAUGAAAAACAUACAAUGAUAUGCAUAUUUAUUUGCAAUGUAUGAAAGUUUCUUUUUGCGAGUAUUGCAAAUUUGAUAUAUAAUAUAAAAUUUUUAGAUUUCUAAUACAGCUAUCAUAUAAAUGUACUUAAUUUACAUUAGUUACAUUAACGACCACUAUUACGAUCCAAUUUCGAAUUUAAGGAAUAAUAGACAUGAUUGUGCGAUUAAUGCAAAAUAAAUGCAAUAUACGGAUAAAUAUAUAUUUUAUUAUAUGCAAGA